GUGUGUGAUGGAGAGUCUCAAUGGCCGGUUUAUAGAAGAACACGUUGAUAAGACAAGUAAGCCAAUGACAGUCCUGUGAAGAGGAGACCUCCACGUGCUCUACUGAUAUAAAAAGGAAGCUGAUAAAAUACUAUUGUCUUGCGAGUAAAAAUAUGUAACCAAAUGAACGAUGGCAGUCAGGUUGUUCGUUGUUUCUUACUUAUUUCUUCUUCUACAUGUUGAAUUUAUCAGAGGCACAGGAGCAGAGAAUGAGGGCAGCUCAUUACAGAGCAUGUCUCCUACAGGACUAAGCGAUGCCAGCUCCUUACAGACCACACCUGCCACAGGAAAGGAGAAAGAGACCAGCUUACAACCGACAUCUUCAACAGGAGUAGUCAGUGAAACCGGAUUACAACAGACCACACCUGCCCCAAAAGUAGAGAAUACACCAACAGUGACUACAGUCGGUAAAGCAGAACCCACGUCUAGCUACUCCACACCAGCAGCUGUCAUAUCUGAGACAGAGAGUGGGACACGUCUAGCAACAGUAACAAGUACACCAGUGGAAAGCUCAUCCAUCUCGGACAUGAUAUCAGCCAUCAAAACAUCGGGCAGCGACGCAAACAACAACAUAGACACCGUCACUUCCGCCGGACCACAAGCCACCAACAACAUAGACACCGUCACUUCCUCCGGACCAAAAACCACCAACAACAUAACACACACCGUCACUUCCGCCGGACCAAAAACCACCAACAACAUAACACACACCGUCACUUCCGCCGGACCAAAAACCACCAACAACAUAACACACACCGUCACUUCCUCCGGACCAAAAACCACCAACAACAUAGCACACACCGUCACUUCCUCCGGACCAAAAACCACCAACAACAUAACACACACCGUCACUUCCGCGGGACCAAAAGCCACCAACAACAUAUCAGACACCGUCACUUCCGCCGGACCAAAAGCCGAUACAAAAGGUGGAGGUGGAGGUGGAGGUGGAGGUGCUGGAGUUGUCUCCCAUCCUCUUCUUACAUUUACUACGGUUGUUGUAGUGUUUGCCUCUGUUGGACUUCUGCACUGAAGAUUGGAUUCAAUGACACUGCCAUAGUCUCAUGUACAUUACCAAGUACCUACAUGUCUCUGAAACUAAAAUUAAAAAUUAUUUUAAAAAUGUCGUAUAUAAGUCUAUUGAGCGAUGAAAGUACACUGACGUUACCGGUAAUUGUUUGUACUUAUGAAAUGCAUAAUUUUGUGUUAUAGUUUUCAUUACAUGGGAUAUUUCUCUACUCAAGAAAUAAUCUUGGUUCGCUCCUAUCUUUAACCCUGAAUUAAGAAUCUACCUAAGUUUCAAAUAAAUAAAACAUGAACGUUUUAUAAUAGCAGGAUAAAUUGUUGCAAGAGGAGAUUCUUAGUUUCCAUUUAGUGAAUAUACUGCUUUUGUCAUGCUAUGAUUUUUCGAAUUACUGCUCCGUAUUUCUAAAACAAGUAUUGUAUUUUCCAGGGAUUUUUUUUAAAGAUAAGAUCCACGUAGCUAUUUUCGUGGAUAAAAAACAGAAGCCAUUCUCCGGUUAAAUUUUGUCAUGUUGACGCCACUUAUUUUUGUUUAACAUGUUUUACUGGACUAAAACAAAAUAUUUAUCAGAAAAUUAAAAA